AUGCAUGGUAUCGUACCAGCUCAUCGUCAACCCUAUGCGCAGCUCAACCAACCGGUUGCAUCGAUCGAUGUUCAACCAGUACGACAGAGUGUCAUAAAGUUCGCGCCACGCGUUGCUCCACAGGGAGGCAUACAGAUUGUCCCUCAAAUUUUCGCCCCCAAUAUCCCGGUCGGUGGCUCAAACAUGGUGUCUGAGGACGAGAAUCACAUGGCAGAAAUGGACGAAUAUGAGAAACAGGACGCUAUUACAGAUUACGUUAUGGUUACAAACGGGGGUAAACGUGUUUCCACUGCCAAUACCGUAUCGGCUGUUAGGGCUAAAAAGACGCGGAUGAGUCUCGUGCAGUCACCAGACUUCGUCGAAAUUUCGUCGUCGGGUGGUAGGAAAAUUGUAUGGUACUAUGUUCGAAAUUUCAAUAAAAAUGAAAAAUAUACGGACUUUCUCAACUCACACGAAGCAGCUCUAUGCAAAUUAUUGGAAACGCGUGUCCAGGAGGGCCCUAUCAAAUUUAAUUUGAAACUUGAAGGGACUUAUAGCCGACCUAACGUUGAAAACUCGUCAGAGAAUAGGGCGUUCAAGACCUCAGCAAUAGAAGUUUUUUUGGAAACCGAUGUCAAACAGGUCGUGGAGGCGUCAUAUAUAAAGUUGUUGGGUGAAGAAGAGGUAUACCGGGGUAGAGGUAGCGGUUUCAGACUGGACACUAUCGAUGGGUUAUUGUUGGCUAUAUAUAAAUAUACACCUAUGAGUGCCUCGUCUUAUAUCGAGUUACCUAAAUCUAUUGAGGGGAGACGUGCUACCAUUAACCCGCAAAACACUGAUCAGCAAUGUUUCAAGUGGGCCAUUCUCGCGAGACAUGUGACAGGACUUGCCCCGGGGCGUGUCGAGGGAAAUUAUAGACAGCAAGAGGGGAGAUAUAAUUUUGAUGGUAUCACCUUCCCGACACCUAUGGCGGAUAUAAAGAUUUUUGAGAAGAAUAACCGGGGUGUCUCUGUAAACGUGUAUGGUCUCAGUCUUAAAACCAAAAAUCAAAAAUUUCCAAAAUACGAGGUGUUUCCGUUACGCGUUGCUGACGAUGAGAAACCAAAACAUUUUGACCUGUUGUUCAUCAGUAACGCUAGCGGGGCACAUUAUGUAUAUAUUUCGAAUUUCUCGAGGCUCGUAUCCCCGCAGAAGAAUAGACAUAACGGUCAACAAUUUUUUUGUAAACGUUGUUUUAUCAGUUUUGAUAAACAAAGCUUAAAAUAUAAACUGAACGGAGAGGCGGCCCUAGAAAAACAUAAGUUAAUUUGCGGUUCACAUAAACCCAUCUUACCUGAGAUGCCUAAAGCGGGGGAAUGUACAAAGUUUGAGGCCUGGAGGAGCACACAGAGACACCCCAUUGUAAUAUACGCGGACUUCGAGGCCUUGCUAGUCAAGGUUGACGAGAAGAAAGGUGUAAACACGGCAAUUGUACAGAGACAUGAGGCUAUGAGUUAUGGGUUCGUAGUUAAGGCGAGUGACGAUGUCCCACUCGAGCUAUUAACCGAGCACGGUAUAACUACAGACCCGGUAAUAUACAGAGGCAGCGAGGAUCGACCGGACGUGGCUUCUCAUUUUGUCGAGGCAAUAGUUGAAAUUAGUAGAAAGAUAGAGACCCUUUUGAAGACGAAUACCCCCACAAUUAUGAGUGAUGAGCAAGAAAAAACACACCAAGAGUGUACAACAUGUAAUUUAUGUAAGUGCAAUAUAGUGGGGGAUGAUAAAGUUAGAGAUCAUGAUCAUUUAUCGGGCAAAUUUAGGCAAACUCUAUGUUCUAAGUGUAAUUUAGCAUUACAGCAACCUAAAUUUGUACCGGUAUUUUUCCAUAAUCUGUCAAACUAUGACUCACACUAUAUAAUUUCUCAACUGGGUUUCGACACAAACUCGAUUACCGUUAUACCGAACAGUGAGGAGAAAUAUAUAUCUUUCUCUAAAUAUAUAAGUAGUAAGUUCGCUGUUCGGUUUAUCGAUACGUUCCGGUUUAUGGCGACAAGCUUGGAGAAAUUAGCCGCGAACAUGAUUACACCAUUAUUCGAAAAUUUCCGUGAGACAGCAAAACAUUUUGCCAUGGAAAAAUUGCCACUUGUAACUCGUAAGGGGGUAUACCCUUACGAGUAUACAGAUAGUUGGGAUAAAUUGAAUAUCGAUAGAAUACCGCGGAAGAGGGACUUUUAUAGCACGUUGACGGAGUCAGGGAUAACGGAGUACGAUUAUGAACAUGCUAAGGAGGUAUGGACUCAGUUUGAAUGUAAGACACUGGGGGAUUACAGUGAUCUUUAUUUGAAAGUCGACGUGUUGUUAUUGACUGAUGUAUUUGAAAACUUUAGAGAUUUGUGUAUGAAGACAUAUAAUCUAGACGCGGCUCAUUAUUUUACUGCCCCAGGUUUAAGUUUUGAUGCCUGUCUAAAGUAUACUGAGAAGAAGUUGGAGCUGUUGACCGAUUACGAUAUGUUAUUAAUGUUUGAGAAAGGUAUUCGUGGUGGAUUGGUUCAGGCGAGUAUGAGGUAUGCUAAGGCAAAUAACAAGAAGGUACCGAGGUACGACAAGUCAAAGUCGAAAUCGUGGUUAGUGUAUCAGGAUUGUAACAAUUUGUAUGGAUGGGCCAUGUCGCAGUACAUGCCCUAUGGUGGUUUUAAAUGGGUUAAGCCAGAGUUGGAAGGUUUGAAUGAUUUAACUCCAACCUCGGAUAUAGGUAGAGUCUAUGAGGUUGACAUUUCAUACCCGUGUAAACUUCACGACAGGCAUAAUGACUUACCAUUCUUACCCGAAAACAGUAUACCUAAAGGAUCCAAGGUACGAAAACUCAUGGCGACUUUCGAGGAUAAAAAAAACUAUAUCGUGCACUAUCGGAGCCUCCAGCAGGCUAUAGCCAAUGGUUUAAUAGUUGAAAAAGUGCACAGAGUUUUAGAGUUUAAUCAGUCGGAUUGGCUUGCCAAAUACAUCAAUUUGAACACGGAGUUACGAAAGAAAGCUAAGAACGAAUUUGAGAAGGAUUUUUUCAAGCUAAUGAAUAACGCUGUAUUUGGUAAAACUAUGGAAUCAAAGAGGAAACAGAUAAAAAUGGAGCUUGUAUCAUCUGAACAGAGGUUGCAAAAACUCAUAAAUAAAUCUAUAUUCAAACAUUGUAUAGAAUAUACAGAGACGUUGACAGGUGAUUUGCAGUACUGGACAUAA